GUCUUAGUAUUCCAGCCUUAUAGACUCUCAAAAACCUUCUCAAAAAGUAUUGCUUGAAAAACCCUUUUCGUUUUCAGCUUUGCAUUGCUAGAAAGAACAGACCUUUACGCCUUUCUUUCUUCGCUCUAUCUUCUUUUGGCGUUGUUGAUUGCUCUUUCUGAUAAUAAUGGAGAAAGUAUUGGGAGGACACGGUUUGAUGGCGGUGAGGGGAGAGAAGAGGCCAAAGACAAAAAUUGUGUGUACAUUAGGGCCACAAUCAAGAUCAGUUGAUAUGUUAGAGAGGCUUUUGAGGGCUGGCAUGAAUGUUGCUCGCUUUAACUUCUCUCAUGGAAGUCAUGCUUAUCAUCAAGAAACUAUUGAUAAUCUCAGGAGUGCCAUGAACAAUACUGGCAUUCUCUGUGCUGUUAUGUUGGACACCAAGGGACCAGAAAUUCGAACUGGGUUCUUGAAGGAUGGGAAGCCUAUACAGCUGAAGCAGGGCCAAGAGAUUGUUAUCUCCUCUGACUAUAGCUUGAAGGGUGAUGAGAAUAUGAUCUGUAUGAGUUACAAAAAAUUGGCUGAAGAUGUCAUGCCAGGAAGUACUAUUUUGUGUUCUGAUGGCACAAUUUCACUAAGAGUGUUGGCUUGUGAUAUUGAAAAUGGCCUGGUUUGUUGCUGCUGUGAAAAUUCUGCAGUUUUGGGUGAGAGGAAGAAUGUCAAUCUUCCAGGAGUAAUUGUUGAUCUUCCAACAUUAACAGAAAAGGACAAAGAGGACAUCCUACAAUGGGGAAUUCCCAACAAGAUUGACAUGAUUGCUCUAUCUUUUGUUCGGAAAGGUUCAGACUUGGUAGAGGUUAGAAAGCUGCUAGGAGAGCAUGCAAAGAACAUUCUUCUCAUGUCGAAGGUUGAAAAUCAAGAAGGAGUAGCUAAUUUGGAUGAUAUUAUUGCAAAUUCGGAUGCAUUUAUGGUAGCACGCGGCGAUCUUGGAAUGGAGAUUCCAAUUGAGAAGAUAUUCUUAGCUCAGAAGGUGAUGAUUCACAAGGCUAACAUAAAAGGAAAGCCUGUAGUAACUGCAACUCAGAUGUUAGAGUCCAUGAUCAAGUCUCCAAGGCCUACACGAGCUGAAGCAACGGACGUUGCAAAUGCAGUUCUUGAUGGUACUGACUGUGUGAUGCUUAGUGGAGAGACUGCUGCAGGAGCCUACCCUGAACAAGCUGUUCAGACAAUGGCAAGAAUAUGUGUCGAGGCUGAGAACUUCAUAAACUAUGGAGAUCUUUUCAAGAGAGUUAUGGAAAAUGCUCCUAUGCCUAUGAGUCCAUUAGAGAGUUUGGCUUCUUCAGCAGUAAGGACAGCAAAUAGUGUGAAAGCAGCUUUUAUUCUAGUCCUAACUAGAGGUGGAAACACAGCAAAGCUGGUGUCUAAGUACCGACCAAGCAUACCGAUCUUGUCUGUUGUUGUUCCUGAGGUUAAAACAGAUUCUUUUGAGUGGUCAUGCAGUGAUGAAGCUCCAGCUAGGCACAGCCUUAUUUACAGGGGUCUGGUUCCUGUUCUGAGUUCAGGCUCAAUAAAAGCUUCUCAUAGUGAAUCAACAGAAGAAACAAUUGUUCAUGCACUACAAUAUGCUAAAGAGAAGGGACUUUGCAGGCCAGGUGAUUCAAUUGUUGCAUUGCAUAAGAUUGACACAGCUGCUGUGAUCAAAAUCCUGUUCGUGCAGUGAUAGAUAAAUACCCUAAACAAGUUAAGAGGCAAAAGUGCUCUAGAUUUUGCUGCAUUUAAUUUUGCUAGUUUCCCUUUAGAACAUUUGUAAGCAUUUAAUACUAGACAUUUUUUUAUGUACUUUGUGAGGGAGUUCCAAUUUAAAAUUAAUUUUAAAUGCAAUCUUUACUAUUUCAUAA